GGCCCAGCGAAAUUCCUAUCUGCGCAUUGCUUUGCCGUCACCAUGGCAACCCCUCAGCUGCCGUAAAGUAUCGCCGCCCAUGUGAGUAAAGGAAAUGGCUGCGCUAGAGGUGACACGGCUGCGGCUUCUGGCCAUCCAAAUGUUUUUCUCUCGUCACGGACAUACUCAGGCUUCACAGCUCGGUCAAGGACCCUCCGAGCCCAACACCCAGCAGGCUAUACAAUUCUCUCCUCCUGCUGACUCCAAAUAUGACUGGAUUGGGCCUCCUGAUAGAUUAUCCAAUCUAAGACCAAUUAAAUAUUUCACCCCAAAGUGUGAAUCUCCACUAGAAAAAAAGCUUAGAGAAUUGCGGCAAGAAACAGAAUGGAAUGAAAGAUUUUGGACACAUCAGAAUAAAACAUUUGUUAAGGAAAAAGAAGAGUUUAUUCAUUUAAAAUUAAAAUCUUUGGGGCUGGAAGAAAGAGACGAAGAGGGACGAAAACGGACAUUGAAUGCAGAAGAAAUGGCGGAUUUUUACAAGGAUUUCUUAAGCAAAAACUUUGAGAAACAUGCAUGCUAUAACAGAGAUUGGUAUAAACGGAAUUUUUCAAUUACAUUUCUCAUGGGACAAGUCACUUUGCAGAGAGCUUGGAAGAAACUUAGAUGGACGAAAACUGAAACCUAAAAAAUAAGAAUCCAGAAAACAAAGAGGCGACAGGCACAGUUUUCCCUGGAAUAUGGAUAAAUAAUCACUCCAAGCUGAGACUGACCAAUACUAAAUUUAAGCGUAAAAGACACUGAAUGGCAUUAUGUGUUUCCAGCCUAAGAAACGUGUGAUGCACUUUAUCCAGAAAGCUAAAUAUGUAAAACUGGACUUUGUGUCAUUAUAAUAAUAAUAUAGUUAUUUAUAACUGUACACUUAUUCCCAAUGGGGAUGGAAUUUAUAUUGUGGGUUGUGAUUAAAAAUCGGUAUUGUAGGGCUGGAUAGGCUUAGCAAUUCCCUCUACAAAAUAACAUUUAUUUGGGUGACUAUCCUUUUGUUUUACAUUGUAGGAUGAGUUUUAGGUUUCUACUGAAGUUUUCUGAGAGGUAGCAUCUAAAAGCUCACCUUUUUGUAGGUCUGAUAUGAAAAAUAGACUGGGAACCUCUUUCCCAUCAACAUUUUUUUUUUAAACUUUAAAUUAUGUUUCCAAUCUAUCAGGAAACGGUUAAAGGGACUAUUUAGUGUAAAAAUAAAAUCCUCACUCCUGGGUAACUCCAAAAGCCUUAACAAAAUCACAAGUCAUCCAAUGAUGGGCACAUCAGAUAACCUAUCAGGGUUAAAAGGGGUCAGGCUGAUAAUCUGAUAUUCACCCACUGUUAAUACAGAGUUUGCAUAUCCCCAAGAACGGAAAAUAAAACUUUUUCUGAAUUCUGUAAAAUCA